UGUGCAAUCCAAAGUUACAAUCGAUCCAUUUCACUGGCAACGCACUACCAAAAAAGAGGGAAAAUUGGCAACAGCUAAAUAUAAUCAGCUGAUGUUGUGACAGGUGUAUCUUUUGGACGGAGUUCGAACAAAGAAUAGAUAAUUGAUAAAUAAACAUAAAUCCUAAUCAGUUUACACUACGUAGAACUGCAAGGGUUCAUACGUAAGUUGGUAAAAUUGAAUGACAUUGUGUUGCAGCCACUAGACCCCAAAGCUGCGAUGUUGACCCUGGAAGUAGUACCUGAAAGAUCCAUAGGCUGUCCACAAUGGGAAUUUAGAAUGGGAAUGCAUUUUUCACAUGCUGUUGCCAUCAUCCAAUCUCAAGUAGGAAUUAUUAAAGGUGUUCAGGUUUUCUAUAAUGAUAAGAAACCCUUAGAAGUAGACUUAGUCAUAAACUUACCUCAAGAUGGCAUAAGGUUAUUCUUUGAUCCUGUAAGUCAGCGACUUAAAAUCAUUGAAAUCUACGCUAUGAAGUUGGUGAAACUGUUGUACUGUGGAUUACCAUUCAACUCCCCUGAAGUGCUGCCAUCUCUUGAGCAAAUAGAGCAUUCCUUUGGUGCCACACACCCUGGUGUAUAUGAUUCUGAGAAACAGCUGUUCAUGCUGAAUUUCAGAGGUAUAUCAUUUUACUUCCCUGUGGAUUCUAAGUACCAAACGGGAAGCUCACCUAACCUGGGCUCCUUGAAAUUUUCACCAGGCAAUUCACCCUUAGUUUCCCGCAUCGCCAUUUUCUGUGGUUCUAAUGUGGAUCAGGCCUAUGCUCCAGAAAUGCCCUUGAUCUGUUAUCAUGGCCAGAUGUAUCUGCAGAAGGCGGAAGUAUUGCGUGGCGAUGGAUAUACCAAAGGGCUUGAAGUGCACCUUGUUUGUGGUGGCAUUAAAUUAGCAGCUACUAGUCACCGUUUGAUCGAUGCUGUGAAGCUCGAAUUCAAACGUCAAGUGUUGUUGGGCCAUUCGACACAAGAUAUCUCUACAGCGCUCGGCGCGCCUUCCAAAGUGUUCUACAAAAGCGAGGACAAGAUGCGGAUACACAGCCCGAACGCAAAUCGCAAGAUAUCUGCCAAUAGGAGCGACUAUUUCUUCAACUACUUCUCAUUGGGAAUGGAUGUUUUGUUCGACGCUACUACCCACUUAGCCAAGAAAUUCGUUCUCCACACGAACUACCCUGGUCACUACAACUUCAACAUGUACGCCCGAUGCGAACUAGAACUCACUUUGGCUCAGGGCGCUACCGUGACGGCAUACAGUUGUUGGGACGACGUGUGCAAGCAACUAACACCCAGCGAUAGGCCGGUAGUGCUGAAUAGGGCCCAUUCUAGCAACACCACAAAUCCGUUCGGGAGUACGCUGUGCUACGGGUAUCAGGAUAUUGUGUUCGAGGUGAUGCCGAACAAUUAUUUAGCCUCAGUAAGCGUGUAUGGUGACGGAAGACCCCACGAGAAGGAAACUGAAAGUGCGUGACAGAGGCUGUCAGCCACCUACCUCAUACUAACGAACAGGUACUGGCAACCGCACCCAAAUUCCACUGCAGUCACUUGCCCGGCAGUGAUCACCUCUUAAGAAAUCUCUGGAUAUGCCAUGACUAUCUUCGCACAGUGUUGCCAGAUCAGUUAUUAAAAUUUUCUUCUUCUCCAAACAUAAGAGACUUGAAAUUCCAUUAGGGAGUAUAUUUUAAAACUUUCGCAUUCACACGAAUCACUAUAUUUGCGAAUCGAUACAAUUGGUGUUUCUGGGACCCAUUUUUUGAAUCGUGUUAACAUUUUGUCAUGAGAAUGUGACACUCCCAUAGAAAAUCAUCUUUGGACUGCUUUCCUAAGGGAAACAUUUUUCUCGAUUCGAGAUUUGGGUCCAAAAAGAUCACACAAAGCUACACAUUUUACCUGACAGUUUUGCUAUACUACAUAUUCCUUUCGUACAUAUGGUUCGUUUGGGAUUGCGUAAAUUUCUUAAAGACGUGAGAAGUACCAUUUAAAAACCUAUUGUUCCUGAAAAUAGCAUACCUAAUGCUAUAUUCCCGCAUCCAAAAAAUAUCCUAGAUGAAUUUAGAUAUUGUAGCGUCAUGUAUGAAAAUUUGUCACAGGUGUUUCUCUGUUUAUUAUAUACAGUGGUGAUCAAAAAAUAAGUGUAAAUUUUGAAAACCAAUAAUAUAAUUAAACAUCAUAUAUAUGUAUAUGUGCCACUUAAGCGAUCUAUAAUCUUAUACAAAUUAAGAAUAUUGUUUUCUCUUUUAAAAUACAAUGAACAUUAUAAUAUUAAUAAAGACUUGAAAAAUAAAAGUUAACAAUUCAGAUUUUGUGAAAAUGCAAGUGGUCAAUAAAAUAAGAGUAAAUUUAAACAAUAGAUAAAACACACUGCAUUUAAUUAACAUAUUUUUAUUUCUAUUUAACGAGUAUUUUAAGUACUUGAUAGUGUAAGCGUUGUUCUUCAGGACAGCACCACAUCUGCUUGGCAUUGAGUCGAUAAGUUUGUGGCAGGUUCCCGGAGGUAUUGAAUACCAUGUUUUUUUAAUGUCUUCCCAAAGUAACUUUUGGCUUGUUGUCUUUUUGUGUGAUAUUCGAUGCUUCAAUCCCUUCCAAAGAUUCUCUAUCGGAUUCAAGUCGGGAGACUGUGGAGGCCACAGCAAAACUUCAAUUUUCUUCUACUGGGACCCAGUGGCGGCUCGUGGUAAAAAUUUUAAGGUGUUCUGCAAUUGUUGUAAAAAAAAACAAAAUAAGAAAAAGCUUACCUAUUUUUUGUAAAUUAAGUCUAUCCUACGCUCUUUUCUGCUUGCAAAUUUCGUAAUCACUUUUUCAUUAAAAUUGUCUAUUUUAGAGAUAAACUUUUUCUCAAUGGAUAGCAUGGAGAGAGCUGUUAGACGAUCUUCAAUCAUUGAAUUUCUGAUAAAGGUCUUGAUCCGAUUUAGGGUUGAAAAACAUCGUUCAGCCUCUGAUGUCGUCAUGGGAGUUGUUACCACAAUUUCUAAUAGUUUUUUAGUCUCCUUCAACGUAUCUCCGAGAUUGUUUGUUAUUAAAAAUUUUAGAAGAGGUAAUGCGCCAUUUAAUGUCCUGCAAUCAUUUCUUGAAUAAAUAACAGACAGUUCGGUUCGUAAUCGUUAUUUAUCAAGUGUGGGAUAAAAGGAACAUACGGAAGUAAGUUUAUCCUCGGGAAAUUUACCGCAAUACUCUCCAAAGUAGUCCGAAAAGAAAUGUGAUGCAACUACUAAAUGCUCUUUAAACUGAAAUCGAUCUUUUGCACAAUUUAUAAUAAUAUCACACACCUCUAAAGCUGAAAUUCGGUGAUCAAAUUUGCUGUUAGAUGGACGUUUGCGUUUAUUUUCUGGAGGCUCAUCGCUUAUUAUAUCUGAUGCUUCACUAAUGUUAUCAAUAUUAUUUCGAACUUGAAUCAUACUCCUUUCAAAAUUAUCAAUAGCAUGUCUUACUAGAGUGGGUUCGAUUUUUCUUUGUUGCAAUUGAUUAAAUAGGAUAUCUACGUGAGGCAUCACAUGAUGAAAAAAAGUCAGCCAAAAAUUGAAGAUUGGAUCAUUUAAUGUACGCCGAAUAGAGGCGGCUGCAUCAUGCAUACACUCAAUGAGAGAGGUUCUAUUUUCAUACACAACAUUAAUGGUGCGUAUAUUAAAAUUCCAUCUGGUUGAAGCGUCGUGGGGGAUACUUCUGUUCACAAUCUUGUUCAAUAUUUCUACUCGUUGGGGUGAAUUAUUAAAAAAUCCAGGAAUGUCUUGUAAAUUUCCAAAAAAUACACGUACUUGCGAAUUUGCAGAAGCAGCUUUAGACAUAAUUAAAUUCAACUGAUGGGCAUAACAGUGUACAUAGUGAGAAAAAGGAUACUUUUUUUUUAUUAAUGCUUGGACGCCUGCAGUUUGACCGCUCAUCACCGCUGCUCCAUCGUAACUUUGUGCAAUCAGUUUGUUAGGUGAAUUCUGAAUUAAAGGAUCUAUAACAGUUAAUAUAGUUUUACUAAGUGUUUCUGCAUCACAUCUUUCAGGAAUUAAGUAGCUCCAAAACUGUUCAAUUGACUCACCAUCGCGAAUAUAUCUAAAAAUUAGUACCAAUUGAUAUUUUGCGGCAACAUCCGUUGUUUCGUCCGCCAUGAUCGCCAGAAAUGAAGAAUUAUUAAUUUCCUCAAUUAUUUGUUCACGACAGACUUCAAGCAUACACUGUAACAAAUCGUUCUGUAUUUCCUUGGAGGUACCUUUAAAUAUCGAAGCAUUUUUUAGGUGCUCGUUUAGAGUUGCAUCUAAUUCUGCUGAAAAAUUUAUAAGUCCACGGAAUAUCCCCGGAUUCUCGGAAGUAUCGCCCUCAUCAUGUCCCCGAAGGGCCAAUUCAAAAGCUCCACAAAACUUAAUACAAUUUAUAAUUUUUGACAAAAUAUAUCUAUUCUUUGAAACAUUUUCAUUAUGUCUCUGCACAUUUAUCCAGUAAGCAGAAUCUAAUUGAGAAAUAAUAUUAGUUGACCCUAAUAACGCAAAUUCCAUACAAUUAUGAAGAUGACUUUUAGAGUUUUCGUGUCUUUUUAUCUUCAAACUCAAGUGCUCUAGAUCCGUGACCCCUAUUUCUGUCCAAGCUUUAUCGCCUCCAAAAAGUAAGCAGGGAAAACAGUAUAAAGCAUUUUUUUUGUUACAUCCACAAAU